UGAAAUUAAACAGGCCAGAAUCUCGAGCGUCGCUGACGACAAACGCUUGCGCUCGAGCAAAUCAAUCUAUUAUUCGAUGAAUCCUUUCUAUAUUAAUCAUCACACACGAUCGAUUUAGUGAAUGGUGAUUAUUAAGCUUUAUUAACACGGCGUGGGGGAAAUCAUCGUGUCUAUAAUCGUGUUUUGAGGAGGAUUUGUCGUGUGGAAACGGCUGACUUGAGGCACUGACCGAUUCAUUAUUACACGGUUAUCAAGAGCAUGAAAUAGUGUUGAGUUUAACUCUUUCAUUAUAUUUGAUAUGGAUUCUGCUGCAAGAACUAAAUCGAGCAAAGACUUGAAGAUUCAGCGACCUGAAAAUGAGAAGAUAUCUGCCAGUGGACCCAAAAGAGUUCCAGUUGCGCAGGGCGUUCAGAAGCCUGUAACGACACCUCACACUCGUGUUCUGGGCACAGCACAAGGGCCACAGCGGGUUCAGCGACCAGCGAGUCAGCAGAAACCUGUUACACACACAGUUCCUGUGAAAACCUCCUGCCCUGGAGACCAGAACAUCAACCCUGAGCAAGCCAAAACACAGAUGCAAAAUAAACCACAGCAGAACCAACCAAAACCAAAUGUCCAGAACGCUGGUACUGCAGCUGAAUCCAGCAAACAGGACAAACCUCACCAAACGCCUGUCAAUGGAAUGUCCAAUAGUGCCAAGAAAGCGUGGAGUUUAGAGAACUUUGACAUCGGCCGAGCUCUGGGCAAAGGGAAGUUUGGUAGCGUGUAUCUGGCCAGAGAACGUCAGACGAAAUUCAUUCUGGCGCUCAAGGUUCUGUUUAAAAAGCAGCUGGAGAAAGCCGGUGUGGAGCAUCAGCUGAGGAGAGAGGUGGAGAUCCAGUCCCAUCUCAGACAUCCAAACAUCCUGCGUCUCUAUGGUUACUUCCACGACACGGCCCGUGUUUAUCUCAUCCUGGAGUUUGCUCCUAAAGGAGAACUGUAUGGAGAACUGAAGCGCUGCGGAACGUUUGAUGACCAAAGAAGUGCCACAUAUAUAAUGGAGCUUGCAGAUGCUUUGAGCUACUGUCACUCAAAGAACGUGAUUCACAGAGACAUUAAGCCAGAGAACCUGCUGCUGGGUGCCAAUGGAGAGCUGAAGAUCGCAGACUUUGGGUGGUCUGUGCACACUCCCUCAUCCAGGAGAUCAACACUGUGUGGCACGCUGGACUAUCUCCCUCCAGAGAUGAUUGAAGGCAAAACUCAUGAUGAAAAGGUGGAUCUGUGGAGUCUUGGAGUGCUCUGCUACGAGUUUCUGGUUGGCCGUCCACCUUUUGAAACCAAGAGCCAUGAAGAGACUUACCGCAAGAUUUCCAGAGUUGAAUUUACUUAUCCAGCACAUGUGAGUGAAGGCAGCAGAGAUUUGAUCAAUAGACUACUGAAGCACAACCCCAUGCACAGACUUCCCAUACAGGGGGUCAUGGUGCACCCUUGGGUCGUGGAGAACUCCACUAAGAAGCCAACCACUCACUCUGCCGCCGAUUAACGACUGUGCUGGUUUAGCUGUUUGGCUUGAACUAUUGGAACAAAGACUGAUGCUGCAGCAAUCGCUUUGCUGCCUCUUUGGAAUAACUUUAAAGUUUGUAUGUAAUGUGUUGUGCUGUGUACAUGUCCUACCAUUUAUAUGCUGUUUAAAUAUGUAAUUGUUAAUAAGACACAUUGUAAAGUUUUAACCAUUACUUGAAACAAUAAAUGUUUUAGUUAGUUAUAAGGGGUUUCAAUCUUGAAAUUUUGAUGUAUAUCGCCAACUGAUUGUGCUUGGAAUAAAUUAUGUUUUCUGGAAACUCUUGUCAUGGUGUUGCUCUAA